GCCAUCUCUAGCUUAUUUUCCAAUAAGAAACAGUAGCGCAGUGCGCUUAUCAAAAUUAGUUGCUAAAUUUAAUUAGUUGCUUGUAGUAAUUACAAUCGAGGGCAAGGGGAGUCACUCGGAGCGACGGAUGACCCAGCUCCUGGCCAGGAUCAGCCAGGUAGUGAGUGCCAGCGGUGUGGGGGGAAUUGGGCAGCCAGCUGUGCAGAAGCAGCAGCAGCAACAACAAUAACAACAAAGUAACGAGGUCGCAGGACCAAAAAAAAAGGAGGAGAAGGAGGAGCAGGAGAUCCAGCGACACGCAGCCAUGCGCUUUAACAAGCCGGAACUGAACUCCCUGGCCAGCAAUCCAGCAACUCGGUUCGACAAGGAGGGCCUGCUCAUCAUCACCGACCGCCAGGAGGGCUUCCUGUGGCGUUCCAGCGAAGUCAGAGUUGAACGUUGGUGUAAACUGCGUGGCAAUUUACUGUUCUACCUCAAGGAUAAGGACCCCAAGUCAGCGGUGGCCGGCCUCCUGGUGCUGGAGAACUGUCGUGCGCGCAUUCAGAAUGAGGAUCGUGAUCCCGACGGCUACGUAUUCGAUCUAGACUUCAAGGACAGCACAUCGGAGCGUUUCAUCACACGCUCGUCGGCCGAACGUCUCGCCUGGGUGCAGUGCAUCGAACACGCUUCCAGCGAGAAGCUAAACGCGCUCAUCCGCCAGCUUAAAGAUCAGAUUGUUAGCCAGAGUCGCCAGCCAAGCAGCGGGGCAUCCUCCAUGGGCAAUCACAUUGAUCUCGGCAUGCCGCUGGAGCAGCAAAUGCAGGAGCAGCUACAGCUACAGCUGCACAGCCAGCCGGCGGAGGAGUUGUCCGUCAGCGUGCCUGUGACCACGGAGGUGGUGGCGCCGUUUGAAGAACUCGAUCUCUCGGAGCUGCCCAUUUGCGAGACGGCCCUCUCCUGUGAUACCCUGCCCCUGGACACAUUGGGGCGACCGCCCAAUCCGCAGGUGGUGUGCUCGCUGCUGCCGUCGGCUGGAGAGGAUUGCGUCUGGCGGGAGCACGCACGCACCGAGCUGCAGGAGCGCACACGCACCCCGCAGUUCCUCUGCACCAUGCGCUUCCAGCGCAGCGCUGGAUUGUCGGCCAGCACACGGCUUCGCUUCAGCGUCCACGAUGUUCGCGAACGGAUGACGCUUACCGCCGUGCCGCUGGGUCAUGCCGAGGUGGCACUGGGCGUCAUCCAGGACACCAGCCGGCUGCGCCUGCCACUGACAUCGCCGCGCGGCGAGUGCGGCUUCAUCACGCUGGCCUCCUGGUCACCCGACGCUGCCGUGGAGCCCGGCCAGUCGGGCCAUGGACCGCCGCGUUCCAGCACCCAGCUCUUCGAGGGAUCGGCAGGCGCCGCGGCAGCCACUACGAGCAGCAGACGUGCCCAUCGGCGCACCCAGUCGCUGCCGCCGAAGCUGGGAGUCCGCCUGUUUGUGCCGCAGCAGUGCGGCCUGCAGCGGGUGUGCUCCAAUCCCCGCCUGCGCACAUAUCGGCUGCACUCGUCGCUGGGAGCGGACAUCAGUGUGCAGGAGACGCUGCUGGAGUCGCGCCUGUGCUGCCAGCUGCCCCAGCAGCUGCUCUCCAUCUGGAUACAGCGCGAGAAGGAGCUGCUGCAGGAGAUCUCCGGCAUGGGCGAGCUGAGCGGCGAGUGGCGCUGGCGACAAAUGAAUCUGCUCGAGGAGCAUCUGCGCCUACUCAAGGAUUACUCGCAGGCCAAGCAGAAUAUCCAACAGCUGGCGCGUGAUGGUGUCUCCUUUAAGCGCUCCUCGGCGAAGGCGGACGAGGCGCUGGAGUUCCUUCCGGUCAAUCUGCACGUGCAGCGGAUGUGGGCACAGAACGACACGUUGCAGCGACGUGGCCUCCUGGACGUGGUCACCGUGGGCGCCUUCACGCGCCACGAUGCCAAAGGGCGCAAGUGUGGCGGUCUCAUCAAAUUGCUGCAGGAGAGCAAAUCCUGGAAGCUGGAGCAGAGCAACGCGUGCAAGGUGCAGGCGGCCAAUGAUGCGGUGCAGGCCACCAAGCAGCUGCGCAAGGAGAUCGUCGAGCUGAUGUCGCAGCUGCUGCAGUUGGCCAGUCGGCGCAGCUCCAUGGACAUGAUGCCGCUGUGCAACCAGAUGGUGGCUCGCACACGCACGCUGCUCAAUCUCUGGGAGCCCAGUAUUGUGGAGGAGGCGGUGGCCUUUAUCGAACGCCAUCGCAUCAUCGAGGAGCCGGAAAAUGUGCUAAUGGAGCCAAUGUCGCCAUUCCGCAAGAUAACCCAACAAUUGACGGCGCUGGAACUGAAGUCACCGGAGCUGGAGGACUUUGCCACGCCGGUGGUGGCGCCACCGGAUCUCUGGCCACGCGGUCAGCCGCCGCUGAUGCGCUCGAACAGCUGGCAUCCGAGCAACAGCUCGCCGUCCAGCUCGCUGGAUAUCCGGGCCAUCGAUUCGCUGCAGCAUGUGGUGAAGUGCUACAACGAUCACUUGCGCAGCCUGGAGCAGGGCAGGCAUCCAGGUGCUCAGGCCGAGCAGGAGGAGGAGGCCACAUAUCAGUCGCUGCCGGUUGCUUGGCAAACGCCCACAGAGGCCAACACAUCCACGCCAGCUCCGCCAUCGGAGCCGCCAGCUGAUUUAUCCGUACUGCAGCUAAUCGAUCUGGACGAGAUCGGGCGGCAGGCGCAGCGACAGCGGCAGCAUCAGCAGCAGCAGCCACCGGCCGGCUUCCUGGACACCAAGCUGAUGAGCUCCUCGCCGUCGGCGAACUAUUACCGGCCCACAGAGGAGCCGGAGCCACUGGAUCUCACACAGCUGAACAUCGAGGCGAGCGUCAUGUGCCUGGUCAGCAAGCUGAAGUUCUUUUGCGGUCGCUGCGACAGUCCGGCCAUCCGACUGCGUCAUCCGAAGGUGCCCAUCAAGCGUGAGGGAUUCGCCGUGGCACCGCAACAGACGCCGGACGUGAUUGCGGCCUCAGCAGCCGGCAAGCAGGCAGCCAAUCUGGCACUGGAUCUCAAGCCGCAGACGGUGGGCAGUGGUGGCUCCACUGUCGGCUCUGUGGUCGUAAAGAAGGGCAACAAGUUCACCGACGGCCUGGAUCUCUCGAUGACCACAGACUGGGCGGCGGAACUGCGUCCCAGCAUGCGCAAACUGCGGCACGCCAUGGAUCGCCUACUGAAGACCGCCCGGCUGAUGCACUCGGUGCAGCGGCUGCAGCAGGACAUGCGCUGCAAUCGCCUCCAGGCGAGCAUCAUGUACCGCAGGGAUGUCUGCUUCUCCCAGGCGCUAACUGCGCUGGUCAGCUCCUUGAUGCUGCGUCUGUGGGGCAGCGAACUGGACAUGGGCUAUCUGGUGAUGCUGCGCGACCUGGGGCCACUGGCCUACUUCGAAGGCCUGCUGACGCUGUACGGCAACGAGGCGGACAUGUGGAGCGACAUGUGCAUCGCCAUCGAGGACCUGUCCGCCGUCAGCUUUCAGCUGGUGCGGGCGCAGGGUGAGGUCGCACAGACGCCCACGCCACGGAUCACUGGAUCGCGGCAGGCGCUGGAGGUGCAGCUGCCGGUGCCGGAGCACUCGCUGCCGGGCAAUGGCACCUCCAUAACGUUCAAGAUCACGCCCGUCUUCUUCAACAUCGGCAUCAACGAGAAGGCCAGCUUCGCCGAGACGCUGGGUCAGACCAAGGAGCAGCAUCGGUCCAACUGGGACAACUACUUGCGCCUGAGCCAAUACUUUGGCCGCUAUCGCAAGCUGGGACUCGGUUCGGUGGACACUGGCGAAUCGCUGCAGUCGCUGCUCGGCUUCAUGGAGCAGCAGCUGCGUGCCAAUGUGUCCAAGAACGUGAAGAUUCUGCAUCUGGCCGAGGAUGCGUGCCGUUUGAUGGACGGCCUGCGGUUCACCUCGUGCAAGAGCGCCAAGGAUCGCACUGGCAUGGCGGUGACCCUCGAGCAGUGUCGCGUCCUGGUGCGCGAGUUCCAGCUGCCGGCGAAGCAUGUGCCCUACGCGCUCAGCACCAUGCGAAGUGAGGGCACGCGCAUGGACAACGUGCUGAAGAACAUCGGGAAGCGAAAGUAUGCUUUCAAUCGAACUCAGGUCUCCUUUCUGCCGGCCAUGUACAGGCCGCCAGUGGGUAGUUACGGCAAGGCGCAGACUUAAGGACGCCACUUGGAUGUCCCAUUGAUGUUUCCGCAUGUCCCAUUGAAGAGCGGAUGACAACGGAACACAGCGAUACAUAGAUACAUAUAUAUAUAUAUCAGCGAAGCAGAGGAAAACGUAGAAAACUGUGCCAAAAAUCCAAAAACAAUUUAACCAAUUUUGCGCGAGGCAAGCAAAGCGAAUAACGAAUAAGUUAAUACAAAUAGGUAACUAAUUAAAUUAGCACAUCGAUGGAGUGGAGCAUCCUCUCCGGACAAUUGUUAACGCAUCACACGAUUCCAAUUUCGAUUCCGUAGCAUGGAGCAUACAUCUCCAGUAAUCUCCUCCCCCUCUUCCCAUAUUUAUUUAGGCUAUAACCGCGUAGUUGUAGUUUGCAGAUGAGGCAACCGUGUACUUUAGCAACUCAUGUACUUCCAGUGAAAAUAAAAAAAAACAGAACUUGUUAACCACUAUUACACACAAAA